AAAAAGUUAGGGGUUUGCAGAAAGGAACGGUCCCACGACUGGACGCAAAGGAGUUGGGGCAAGCCUACUCUGUUCUGAAAACGAUUCUGUUUCAUAGCCGUGAAAGCAGGAGAAUAUGACAAUUCUCUCAUGUGUUUUUUAGUAGAAUUUAUCAAUGUUAAGUUGUGGCGGAUUUUUUUCUGAAAAUGAAUAAAAACUUGAAAAGGCUCGCGGCAGGGUUGGUGCUCGUAACCCUGUGUAUCGCAGUCCAAGAGGCAGAAUCAGCGGCGUGUCACGGCUGUGCUUCGGGAUCGAAGUGUGACUGCAGCGGAGUGAAAGGGGUCAAGGGAGAGAGGGGGUUCCCGGGACUGCAGGGUCAGCCUGGCGUGCCUGGUUUCCCCGGACCUGAGGGCCCAAUCGGACCCCGGGGCGAGAAGGGCGAUGACGGACCUCAAGGGCCAUCAGGUCCAAAAGGAAUCAGGGGACCUCCGGGACUGCCCGGAUUCCCAGGAACGCCAGGAAUUCCAGGUCUCCCUGGACAGGACGGACCUCCGGGCCCCAGGGGACUCGCAGGAUGCAACGGGACAAAGGGUGAGAGAGGUUUCCCAGGAUUACCAGGGUACCCUGGACUGGAGGGCCGGCCGGGUCAACCUGGCGCUCCAGGCCCAAAGGGUGACCCAGGUGAAAUCAUCUCCAGUUCCCAGUUUGGAGCAAAAGGAGGUGUCGGUCUUCCUGGGCCACCUGGAGCUCCUGGCAACCCAGGCCCCCCAGGACUGUCAGGUCCUGUCGGGCCCCCCGGCCCCAGAGGUUAUGAGGGACGUCCCGGACCUCCUGGUCCUCCCGGACCUAAGGGAAAUAUGGGGUUGAACUUCCAAGGACCCAAAGGAGACAAGGGUGAUUCUGGUGUGCAGGGUCCUCCUGGGCCACCAGGACAGGUGGGGGAACAGAAGAAACCCCCCGAGUCAGAGAUUCAGAGAGGAGAGAAGGGCGAUCAAGGUUUACCUGGUGCAGUUGGUGAUCGUGGUUUCCCAGGACCCCCUGGUCCAGCUGGCGGGAACAAGGGAGACAAAGGCGAGCCCGGAGAACCAGGAAAACGGGGCAAGCCCGGGAAAGAUGGCGAUCCGGGCCCUCCCGGGUUUCCUGGUGUUAAAGGAGAUCCAGGCAGCCCCGGUCUUCCGGGCCGGGACGGUGACAGGGGUGACAAGGGAGAGCGUGGGUUCCCUGGUCCUCCAGGCGAGGUGUAUGACCAGCCUCUGGGCCCACCGCGUGUGGGACCCAAAGGAGAGCCAGGUUUUAGCGGGGCCCCGGGAAGGAAAGGAGAACGAGGAGGACCGGGUCUCCCGGGUCCUGAAGGUCGACCGGGACCCCCGGGUUUUGGAGGUCCAGGUCUGCCUGGUCCCCCUGGCUAUCCAGGAGAAAGGGGUCAGAAGGGAGACGAGGGCCAGCCAGGUGUCUCUCUCGCCGGGCCCCCAGGACAAAGUGGCGCUCCAGGGUUCCCAGGGCCUCCAGGACCUCCCGGUCCCCCGGGUACCUCUUCAGGGAAUGGAGAAUGUCCAGGGGUCCCUGGGUUACCAGGAAAACAAGGGGAAGCAGGUUACCAGGGAGAAACUGGACAGAAAGGUGAAAAGGGAGAGAAGUGCGUGAACUGUUUCUCCAACGGCCUUGCCGUCCCUGGACCACCCGGCCCACCCGGACCUCCUGGGUUCCCAGGUGGAUCAGGAUUCCAAGGGGCUAAAGGUGACAGAGGAUAUCCUGGUGAUCCUGGCCCUGCAGGUCCUUCUGGUUUGCCCGGCACCCCCGGUGUUCCCGGGCCUCCUGGAGAGAAGGGUGACCCAGGAGAUGCUAUCCCUGUCGACGGGGUGAAAGGCGAUAAAGGAGACACUGGGUUCCCCGGACCCCCGGGCCUGCCUGGCCUGGAUGGGAGACCCGGUCGCGAUGGAGUUCCUGGACCUCCUGGUCCCAAAGGAACAUCUGGUUCUCUGUCAGUGAAGGGGGAGCGAGGGCCUCCAGGUGAGCCUGGUCUGCAGGGUCUCCCUGGUGAUAGGGGUGUCCCCGGUGCCCCAGGAUUCGGCCCGCAGGGUCCCCCUGGAGAGAAGGGUGUCCAGGGUGUCUCAGGCAGAAGUGGAGUACCUGGACCACCAGGACCAAAAGGUGAGCCGGGGCAAACGGUCGCAGAAAAGGGUCAGUCAGGACCACGAGGACAAGAUGGAGACCCCGGUCUACCUGGAAAUCCAGGAAAUCCUGGUGCAACAGGACAGCCUGGUCUCAAUGGAUUGCCAGGUUCCAAGGGGGACCCCGGACUCCCAGGCAUAGGACUGCCAGGACCCCCCGGACCUAAAGGAUUCCCUGGUACACCUGGUGUACCAGGUAUUCCCGGAGGUCCAGGACGACCAGGAGUGGACGGUCUCCCAGGUCAGCCUGGUUUACCUGGACCCAAAGGAGAACCAGGGUUUGGGUUGCCAGGUCCUCAGGGCCCUCCCGGAAUACCCGGAAAUAAAGGAAUAUCUGGACCCAAAGGAGACCCUGGUUUUCCUGGCAACCCCGGCCCGCCUGGUCGAUCCGGCUUUGAUGGCACACCAGGACCCAAAGGUGACCCUGGACUUCCAGGUCCACCCGGGGCCCGCGGCCCUCCCGGACCACCUUCAUUUGGCCCUCCGGGCAACCCCGGCCCGCCUGGACCUCCUGGGCCUAUGGGUUCUCCAGGGUAUGCAGGCACCCCCGGAUUGAAAGGAGAUCCCGGUCCUCCUGGCCAGGGCAUUCCAGGGUUGCCUGGUGAAAGAGGAAAUCCCGGUUUCCCCGGCGGCCCUGGUGGACCUGGACCUCAGGGUAACCCUGGCAAUCCCGGUCGCGACGGACUUCCUGGCCUUCCUGGGUCUAAAGGAGACAUGGGAGUGAUGGGAGCUCCUGGACCCCUAGGAACUCCUGGAGUUCCUGGAGUGCCUGGCUUCCCUGGACCUAAAGGUGAAGACGGUUUCCCAGGGCGACCUGGUGGGCCUGGUGGUUCAGGUUCAAAGGGAGACAGAGGAGAUCCCGGUCUUCCUGGACCCCCAGGACCAAGCUACCCCGCAGAACAACUGAAAGGAAAUAAAGGAGAGCCCGGAGCACCAGGUUUGGGUGGUCUCCCGGGUCAGAAGGGUAUUCCGGGUCUGCCUGGAGACCCGGGCCAACCAGGAGAGGACGGAAGACCUGGGAUACCUGGACCACAAGGUCCCAAAGGAGACCCCGGUUUCCCCGGAAGUCCUGGUGUACCAGGACCCCCUGGAUCUAAAGGCAACAUGGGAGAAAUGGGUUUCCCAGGACCCUCUGGAGCUAAAGGAACACCAGGUCUUCCUGGUCGGUCGGGCACCCCGGGCAACCCAGGAGUACCGGGGCCCCCUGGAGCAAAAGGAGACCCUGGUACCCCCGGCUUUGGUAUCCCAGGACCUCCAGGGCCCAAGGGUGAUCCUGGUCAGCAAGGUUUUCCCGGAGAAAGCGGAACAAGAGGACUGCCUGGAUCACCAGGUCUUCCAGGCUUUCCUGGAGCUCCAGGAUCCAAGGGUGAAUCAGGCCUCCCAGGAUUCCAAGGAUCUCCUGGUAUUCCCGGACCUAAGGGUCAGGAUGGUAUCCCUGGUAAUCCCGGUCCCAGUGGCCCCCCAGGCCGACCGGGAGAGAAUGGCCGCCCAGGACAAUCUGGAUUGCCAGGCGACAAAGGGCAGGCAGGACGCGAUGGAAUCCCAGGACCAGCAGGAGUCAAAGGAGACCCAGGUCCUCCUGGUUUUGGUGUUCCUGGCCCUCCUGGUCUCCCAGGGUUACCGGGUGCUAAGGGGGAUUUCGGUCCCCCUGGUCCUUCCGGUAGCCCAGGCCUCCCUGGUCAGAAAGGGGAAGUGGGUUUCCCUGGAAUUCCUGGGUCCCCUGGCAGCAUUGGGCCCCCUGGUCCACCAGGUUUAGCCCUCCAGGGUCCCAAAGGUAACCCUGGACCUCCUGGCCCACCUGGAAGAGCAGGUCCCGAAGGUCUUCCAGGUCCUCCCGGUCCUGAGGGUGUACGUGGGCCUGCCGGCAGUGGCGGAACUAAAGGCGAGAAGGGAAUCUCCGGAGCUCCCGGAUUGCCUGGUUUCCCCGGAGCGAAGGGAGACACAGGACUUGCUGGAUAUCCGGGUACUCCUGGCCUUCCGGGACCCAGUGGGCAAAAGGGAGACAGUGGACUUCCCGGCGUUCCCGGAUUCCCAGGACAAAAGGGAGAUUCUGGAUUUCCCGGAUCAUCAGGUACUCCUGGUGAACCUGGUGACCAGGGACCACCGGGACCCCCUGGUGAAUCAAUGGUUGCUCCGGCCCCCAUAGUUACGAAAGGAGAGCGGGGGCCCCCCGGAAUCACAGGUCUACCAGGUGUCCGGGGUCCUCCGGGGCCCGGUGGACAAGAUGGACUCCCAGGUCAGCCCGGCCAGCCUGGACCCCCCGGCCCCGACGGCCCCCCAGGAUUCAGCGGAGCCCCCGGCCGCAAGGGAGAUUCAGGACCAGCCGGUCAGCCGGGUGAGCGUGGGUACCCAGGGCCCCCUGGGUCAGAUGGUCCCCAGGGACCUCCGGGUCCUUCCGGGACAGCUUUGGUGGCCCACGGCUUCCUGAUUUCCAGACACAGCCAAGCCGACGAGGUCCCAAUAUGCCCAGAAGGAACCAGCCUGAUUUACGAUGGUUACUCUCUACUCUACGUACAGGGCAACGAGAGGGCCCACGGGCAGGACCUGGGUACUGCUGGCAGUUGUCUGCGUCGGUUCAGCACCAUGCCAUUCAUGUUCUGCAACAUAAACAAUGUAUGUAACUUCGCCUCCCGCAACGACUACUCCUACUGGUUGUCCACGCCCACGCCCAUGCCCAUGAACAUGGCCCCCAUCACCGGAGACGCCAUAAAACCUUACAUCAGCAGGUGCGCGGUGUGUGAGGCCCCUGCCAUGGUGAUUGCCAUACACAGUCAGACUAUUCAGAUCCCCAACUGCCCACAACAGUGGGAAACUCUGUGGAUCGGAUACUCCUUCAUGAUGCACACCAGUGCCGGCGCUGAGGGUUCGGGUCAGGCCCUAGCCUCGCCCGGCUCCUGUCUAGAAGAGUUCCGGAGCGCUCCAUUCAUCGAGUGUCACGGACGGGGCACCUGCAACUACUACGGCAACUCUUACAGUUUCUGGUUGGCCACCGUCGACCAAUCCGAAAUGUUCAGGAAGCCACAGUCAGAAACACUGAAGGCGGGCAACCUGCGGACACGUGUUAGCCGCUGCGUGGUGUGCAUGAAGAGGACGUAACAGCGCGGCGCAAACCCGUUGCCGUGGACCACCGGGAACAACCAUAACCACCGGCCACGGCGAUGAUGAGAACGUCUACGUGACGAUACUGUGGGUGUUCCAACGCCACAGUGUCUUCUGGAAACGACAACAUAACUGGUGCUACUGUGCAACACAGCAACAAAAGAAAAAAAACUUUUAAAAAAUGAAUCUAUUUAGUAUUUUCUUCCUUCUUACCUCAAGUAUGUCAAACAGAAAAAUCCGAAAAAGUGCCAUUGCGGACGAGUGACGAAGUGCAUUUUGUUUUCAUUUUAUUUUCUCUCAUUUGAAGAGAUGUCUUUAUAAUUUUAUUUUUAUCAAGUUAGAAUUUUGGUACAGUACAGAUGGAUCAAACAUUUUGUUUUUAAACAGAUGUGCUCUUUUUCUUCCUUUUUUUCUUUUUUCUUUCUAUGGAGUGGAGUUGUUUCCACAUUACCAAAUCGGCACUUUGACCUCGGAACAUCAAAGAGAAGAGACGCACUGAUGAGCUUUCUAGGCUUUUAUUUUCAAACCAAUCUUUCCAUCAUUCUUUUAUUUUGUUUUGUUCUUCUUGGUGGUACUAACACUCUUGUGUUUCUCCCAGCCUGUUAACGCUAGGCCUCUUUCAACUUUUUUGUAAGAAAUUCAAUGUGUAUAUUAUGUGAAACACCUUUUUAGUGACAUAAAACAGGUACUUCGUUAUAUUAUCAAUUUCUGGGUUAUUUUUGUUUGUUCACUUGGCUUCACUUAUUUCAUUGAUUCUUGCAUUCGUUCAUUCACAGACACUCUCAUUCACUUGCUCACAGAUAUUGUACAAAGUAUGGCAUCUAUAAAUGAAACAGUAUUUUAUAUAUAUAAAUAUAUAUAUAUUAAAAAAGAAAGAAAAAAUAUAUAAACUUUAUUUGGCAGUGGACAGGAGGUUUUUUCAUAAUUCAUAAUUUUUCUCUGCAAAAGGUAAUCUUUUUUCACAUUUCACAAAAUGACAGACCUUUGUCGUGACAACAAAUCAGUUUCCCUGUCAACCAGGAAAAAAAACUUAUUCCAUUAUGAGGUACUUAAUGUGUAUGAUAAUGCCAAUUAGUCAAGUUUUUGUAAUUGAUUUUUACUAGUAAUCUAUUAUUGAAUGGUUGAAUGGAGGAUUAGAAAAAUACCCAAUUUAAUGCCACAAUAGGUUGAUAAUGAAAUCCACUCCUGAAAAUGUAUAUUGUUGUAAUGAUUUCACAUCUUUACACUGGUCUAGGUUGUCCCACUAUGAACUAGUGUUUGUUAGGUACAUAAUGUUAAGUACCUAAUGUCAUGUUCUCUGAGAAUAGGAUACUAUUUUGCUAUACUCUUCUACGGUCAAAGAGGAGAGUUGUGGGGGAAUGAUUUAUCCUGUGAUGUUAUUGUUUUUCCAAGCUACAUUUUUUAAUUGUACUGUCAUCACGCGAAAAAUGUUUAUUAUUUUGUUUUUUUUUGUUUUCGUGUUAUGUUAUCCAGAAGUUGUUAUAAACUUUUAAGACUGAAAAUAAAUCCAAUGUCCAUCA